AUGUUUCAACAACCAUCACAACAAGGAGUGCAAGCCAAUGGAUCGGAUCUUGUCGUCCGUCCAUUGUUUGGAGGAGCCAUGUCUAUUUUGUUGCCAGUGCAUUAUUUGGAUGCCUCAAAUUUCAGAGAAAUUCCAGAUAAUCAGGAAGUUUGGACCGACAAUUUGGAAGUACCAACAUCAUCGGGUGGAGGAGUGCAAUCAUCGAGUUGUCCUUCUGUGAUUAUUGAAAUUUUAUCAAGAUCUGAAAAUGUAUCGGAUGCAAAGAUUAUGGAUUUUUUAUUUCAUGAUUUGGCUGAUGCGAAUCAUGCUGCUGUAAAUCAAAGAUUUUUGCUCUUGCAACCUUUUGACGACACUCAACAAACACGAGCAAAUAAUUUUCCAAUGGCCGAUUAUGCCACAGGAGCUGUAGGGAAAAUGAUGGUAGAGAAAAAUAGAGGAAUGGAUGAAGUUACUGUUUUUUUGUGGGUUGUAAGAUUGAAGCACGUCGAUACUGAUAUCUUAAUAUCAUUGAAUGAUCCUGUUGUGAAAUAUUCAAGUGCUGACGAAGCAUCUCAAUCUCCUAGAAUGAAACUUUUCGAAACAAUUGUUCGUUCUCUCAAGGUGAACGAUUGGAAUUUAUUUGCUUAA